GUUAGUUUUGUGGUGUAUUUUGUGCAAUGAGUUGCUUCGAAUUCUGGUUCAGUGAUGACGAGAUCGAGGAAGAAGAGGAACAUUUAGAUUUUGUUCGUCUCGAACGUCGAAGAUUGCGGGAUAUGAGUAACCCGUUGGAGAUACCGGAAGAUUCGUUCAUAUCAUACUUUCGAGUAACAAAGGAUUUGUUCAGAUAUUUGAUGGACAACGUGGGAAACAAAUUAGGAGGAUCUGUAAAAUCCUCAUCCGUUCCACCGAUGCUCAGAUUAACAGCAGCGUUGAGGUUCUUUGCGGAAGGAAGUUACCAAAAGGGAGUUGGUAACGACUUGUUCGCAGGGAUGGCUCAGCCAACGCUUUCGAAAGCAUUGUCAUCUGUUAUUGAAGCUUUUGAGGUCGAAAUUUGUCCGGUGGCAAUACAGUUUCCCACAUCAGAAGCAGAGAAAGAUGAAAUUAAACGCAGUUUCUAUGAAAAAACCGGUUUCCCUGGUGUAAUCGGGUGCGUCGAUGGCACACAUGUCAAGAUCUUCAAACCCAUUAGCCACAUCCAACACCUGUAUUACAACAGGAAAGGGUUCCAUAGCUUGAACGUCAUGCUGGUUUGUGAUCAUCGGCAGUUUAUUCGAUAUGUCGAUGCCAACAGCCCUGGUGCCAAUCACGAUUCAUUCAUAUGGAACAACAACGAAUUAGAUGCUGUUUUGAAUCAAAAUUAUCGAAAUGGAGAAACCAACACAUGGCUUUUAGGUGAUGCAGGAUAUCCUCUAAAACCGUAUUUAAUUACACCAUUUCGGUCAUCUGCAAAUCUACCGAACUCCUCGAGGCAAACAAAGUUCAAUGAAAUUCAUUCAAAAACCAGAAAUAUAAUCGAGAGGACUAUCGGAGUAAUGAAGAAUGUGUUCCGAUGCAUAUUGGCAGCACGUCAAUUACACUAUAAACCUGAAAAAGCAGCAAGAAUUGUAAAUGUGUGCUGUGCGUUGCAUAAUUUGAGGAAAAGGUUCAAUGUACCCGAAGACAACAUACAAUGGGAAGAGCCGGACGACAAUGAAGUGUUGGAUCCUCCAUAUGAAGGCGAACCAGAUGCAUCAGCAAAUGAAAUAAGAGAAGAAAUAAUGUAUUCUAUCACGUAAAUUUACAAUUAACUUGUAUGUAUUCAUAAUAAGUGAAAAUAAAUC